CAUCCCCCGCGCGCGGCGUGGAUCGCGGCCCGAGCCGCCAUUGUUCCGCCAAGGGACGACGGCGGGGCCUGGCACUGGCGCCGAGACGCCGCUUAGCGGCCGCCACUGGAGACACUCCCUCCCGCCGCCCCCCUCCUUCUGGCGGCGGCGGAGUGAGGCUGGCUAGGGGGACCUCGGAGCCCCCUCUCCUGGCGGCGGCAGCUGUCGAUCCCCGGCUCCGGCGCGAGGGGCGGCCGCGAUGCGCUCCGCCUGAGGCAGUCCGGCCCGGCCCUUCUUCGCCUCCCUUGACUCUUGUACGGCGUCUGUGCGCCCCAGCGUCAUCCUGCGAGUCUCGCUGACGGAGGGAAGAUGGCUGCACAGAGCUGGCAGGACGAGCUGGCCCGGCAGGCCGAGGAGGGCUCGGCUCGGCUGCGGGAAAUGCUUUCGGUUGGCCUAGGCUUUCUGCGCACCGAGCUGGGCCUCGACCUGGGGCUGGAGCCGAAGCGGUACCCGGGCUGGGUGAUCCUGGUGGGCACCGGCGCGCUGGGGCUGCUGCUGCUUCUCCUGCUCUGCUACGGCUGGGCCGCGGCUUGCGCCGGCGCCCGAAAAAAGCGGAGGAGCCCGCCCCGCAAGCGGGAGGAGGCGGCGGCAGUGCCGGCCCCGGCCCCGGCCCCUGACGAUCUAGCCCUGUUGAAGAAUCUUAGGAGCGAGGAGCAGAAGAAGAAAAACCGGAAGAAGUUGCCCGAGAAGCCCAAACCAAAUGGACGGACUGUUGAAGUGGCUGACGAGGAAGCUGUCCGAACUCCUCGAAGUAUUACAGCAAAGCAGCCCUUAGAGACAGAUAAGAAAAAUGAAAAGUCAAAGAAAAAUAAGAAGAAAUCAAAGUCAGAUGCUAAAGCAGUGCAAAACAGUUCACGCCAUGAUGGAAAGGAAGUUGAUGAAGGAGCCUGGGAAACUAAAAUUAGUCACAGAGAGAAACGACAGCAGCGUAAACGUGAUAAGGUGCAGACUGAUUCUGGUUCAUUGGAUUCAACUAUCCCUGGGAUAGAAAAUACCAUCACAGUUACCACCGAGCAACUUACAACUGCAUCAUUUCCUGUUGGUUCCAAGAAGAAUAAAGGUGAUUCUCAUCUAAAUGUUCAAGUUAGCAACUUUAAGUCUGGAAAAGGAGAUUCUACACUUCAGGUUCCUUCAGGAUUGAACGAAAACCUCACUGUAAAUGGAGGAGGCUGGAAUGAAAAGUCUGUAAAACUCUCCUCACAGAUCAGUGCAGGUGAGGAGAAGUGGAAUUCUGUUUCACCUGCUUCUGCAGGCAAGAGGAAAAGUGAGCCAUCUGCCUGGGGUCAAGACACUGGAGGUGCUAAUGUAAAUGGAAAAGACUGGGGAAGGAGUUGGAGUGACCGUUCAAUAUUUUCUGGCAUUGCUGCUUGGUCUAGUGUGGAUAGGGGAAUGAAUACCUCUGAACAGAAUUCUUCUUUUGCAUCUCUCACACUUAACUCUGCUGUUUCUGGGUCUACUGCUGAGCCAGUUUCUCAUUCUACCACUUCUGAUUAUCAGUGGGAUGUUAGCCGUAAUCAGCCCUAUAUCGAUGAUGAAUGGUCUGGGUUAAAUGGUCUGUCUUCUGCUGAUCCCAGCUCUGAUUGGAAUGCACCAGCAGAAGAGUGGGGAAAUUGGGUAGAUGAAGAAAGAGCUUCACUUCUAAAGUCCCAGGAACCAAUUCCUGAUGAUCAAAAAGUUUCAGAUGAUGAUAAAGAAAAGGGAGAGGGAGCUCUUCCAACUGGGAAAUCUAAAAAGAAAAAAAAGAAAAAGAAGAAGCAAGGUGAAGAUAACUCUCCUGCACAGGACACAGAAGAAUUAGAAAAAGAAAUUAGGGAAGAGCUUCCAGUGAAUACCUCUAAAGUCCGUCCAAAACAGGAGAAAGCUUUUUCUUUGAAGACCAUAAGCACUAGUGAUCCAGCUGAAGCACUCAUCAAAAAUAGCCAGCCUAUCAAGACUCUUCCACCUGCUAUUUCUACCGAGCCAUCUGUUCUUUUAUCAAAAAGUGAUUCUGACAAGAGUUCGUCCCAAGUGCCACCGAUGCUACAAGAGACAGAUAAAUCCAAGUCAAAUACUAAGCAAAACAGUGUGCCUCCUUCACAGACCAAGUCUGAAACUAGCUGGGAAUCUCCCAAACAAAUAAAAAAGAAGAAAAAAGCCAGACGGGAAACGUGAAUAUAUUUUUCCUGAUUUGGACAUGUGUUUUCAAACACUGUCUGGAAGAUUAUGCUGUUUAUGCAAUAAUUUGUGAACAUGUACAGAGUUUUAUAUAAAUUUAAACCAAUUUUUAAAACAAAACUGUGAACACAACCACCAUAAAAAUGGAAUCAAAGGAAAGUUAAUUUAUGAAAUUCAGAGGUCAGCAGAAUAUACUCCAGUGCUGGAAGACACUUGGGGAAAGUCUUUUCAAUUGAACAAGAACGGUCUUAAUUUAAGAAUAUUAUCCUGGUUUUACAGCAGUGCCCUGUUUACAACAGCUUGUGCCCUGUCUCAUCUGCAGCUGAGGAAUAAAGGAUUCUGAUUAGAGAGAGAGCUGCCUGCGGAUGCAUAGGCAACAUCUGCGAUCUUAUGCACGGAACUUAAACCAUUUGAAUCUGUUUUAUGCUUAAAUCAAAGUGCUUUGAUCAAAUGCAUAAUCUGCCAUAUCUUUACAUAUAUGUUGGUAGCAAUUUGUAUUAAAGGAAUCACAAGUGCAAAUAAAAGGUCAUUUAUCAUUUGUUAACUAAACUCCUGGUUUAGUUUACAAUUUUUAAAAAGUUCUUAAUUAAAAACAUUGAACAUGCAGUUGAUGCUUGUAUGGCUUAUGAAGUUAUUUUUGAUAGUCUUACAUUACUUGAAUUGUUCAAAGUUCAGUAUAUUUUAAAUUAAGAAAGAUAAACUAUAUGUAUUUGUUUUAUACUUUUAAGGUUCAGACUCACAAAUAAUGCUCUUGUUUAGAAUUUGAAAACUUUCAGGCAAAAUGCAACUUAACAUUUUUCCCUUUCCCUAGCAGUUUCUUUUUUCCAACGUCAGCUCUUCUCUUCAUUGCUAAUACUUCUUCGACUUUAAAAAUGAAAUCUUUCACAAAUUAGUUAUACAGACAGAACUUUGAGUAAAGGAUGGAGAAUGAAAAACUAGAGUCAGCUUUAAUUGACAUUGUCAAGACCUCCAGUUAUCAGGAAUACAUUUUUUUACUGCCUUAACCUAUAGUGCGUAGAAUAUGCAUCAAUUUCUUGAGGGGGAUUCGUGUUUUUAUAAGAAUUUUCAUGUAAUUAUUGCGAUCGUGGUCAAAUAAGGAACGUUUUCUGCUUGAAACUAUUGAUUUAAAUGACGUGUGAGAUGUUUCACCAUUUUCAGGCACUGUGUAAUUCUCUUGUAAUAAACUGGCAGGUAUCUUUGUAACUAUAACUAGUGCAUGCUCAGCCAUGUACACUGUAAAUAGCCUUUACCAAACGUGUUUGACAAAGACCAUAAUUAACAUCACUUAGUGAAUUGUGAUAAAGAAAAAAAGCCAUGAUUUAUUUGAUGUGAUUGGCUUGUUUUUACGUGGCGCCAAGAAUGAAACUGUUUAACAGCUGUAACCAAUGGUACUGAUCUGUCCAUCCAAUCUUGUCUUUAUUAGAUCUGAUUGUGGUUUGAUAGUAUUGCAUUGUGACACUAGGAAAGCUAAAGAAACACAAUGGUUUUAGUAACUGCUGAAGACUGGCCUUAUUAAUGGACAGCUUUCCUAACAAGCAAUUAUUAACUUCUAUCAGGUGUUACCAUCUGUUUCAGGAACACGGCAGUAUGUUUACAUGUCAGAAGUCUUGUUUCAUUCUAUGAGGUUUCGAAAUUGAUUUGUUUAAAUAAAUUCAGCAAAUGGACAGCAUUGUGUUUAUUUGCUUCAAUAUUGGGGUAAAUAAGCUCAACUGCCAGGAAUUCAUUUCUUCAAAUGACUUCAUUCUGUGAGCUUUACAUAGAUGUUUCCUAAAUAGAUAAAGGAUUCCUGAAGUUGCCAGCACUUUGUAAAGGUAUCACAGAGAGUUUGAGAAGGAGUCUGUAUAAUUUUAGAAUGUGCCAAAAGAUCUAAGCUCAGAAAAUUCAAUUGAACUCUCUCAACUCUACCUCACCAUUUCUUUAUCUUAGAAUUUUGUUGGCUGAGUCAAAUGUUGGGCUUUAUUUCUCCGGCUUAGUAUCUCCCAGACAGCCACCUACAGCGGAUGUUAGGGACACUGUCUUUUGAGGAGAGAUCUAGUGUGGAGAUGGAGAAGUGCAUUGCUAAAUGGGUGGAUCCGGUGUGGAGAUGUCUCUGUCUCUCCAGCUCAAGAGCGAGGACGUGGAUUUUAUGUUUUAAGAGAUGGCAGCUAUGAGUGAUAAAAUUAAUUUUUUUCAUAUGCAUGAGAUGAAAACUCUUGCACAAUUAAAGUAUCAUUGUUCAUUGCUCUCUACCUGUUCCAGAAGAUCUUUAUAUGGCAUUAAAUCAGUUUCUGGAAUCUGAACACAGGAACUUUUCUCCAUCGUCAACCUUAGAAGGCACUAAAAUGAAGGUAGCGAUUCAGGGAAGAGGGGAAAGAGAGGAACCUAUUGUCCUUUGGAGACUUGCAUUAGAUGCUACCCAAACUGUCAGUAGGGAGAUAAUUGAUCCCUUUAGGCUUCAUCAGGCCUGAAGAGGAACCUUGUUCUAAUUAGCAAAUGAGGCGUCCUCAGAGAACCUGCUUAGAAAUCUCCCUAAUCCUGACCUGUCUACUCGUACUUACUGAAAAUCUUUCCCUAACCUGGAGUGGGGUUUAGGAUUUCCCCAGACUGGAAUCCUACCUAUCUGUACCCCAGAUUGAGCAAAACAAUAGUUGAGAGAGUCCAAAAAAAAAAAAGGUGUUG